AUGCCCCGCCGAAAAGCGCUCAUUAUUGGAAUCAACUACUACGGUUCCAAUCAUGCGCUAAAGGGCUGCAUCAACGAUGCCUAUAAUAUUCGCCAGUUCCUUGUGGAAGAGCGCGGCUUUUCACCCGAUCAGCGUGACAUGGUCAUGUUGACCGACGAGCCAAAACAUGAAGGAACGCCCUUUUAUCCUACCGGCCGCAAUAUGCUUGCUGCAUUUAAAUGGCUGGUGUCGUUCAAUAACCCCGGAGACUCAGUGUGGCUGUCCUACUCUGGUCAUGGCGGUCAGGUAGCGGAUGAUUACGGUGAUAGAGAGUCAGGGCUCAAUGACACAAUCUGUCCAGUUGAUUUCGAGAUAAAUGGGCAAAUCAAUAGCAGUAUAUUACACCGAGCCAUCAUCUCGCCCAUGAACCCUUAUGCGCGGUUGACCAUUCUUUUCGACUGCUGCCACUCAGGCUCGGCCGUCGAGCUUCCGUUUACCUUCCGUCCCGACGCAGACGGCAACAUUAAUAUGAUCAAUAACAUCAAACAGGGUGUGCACUUGGCUGUCCAGGCGACCAGCCUGCUACAAGGAGGGUUCAGUAUGGACAGGCUCGAUGAUGCACGCUCCUUGGUAGCUGAUGCCGCAACAUUCUUUCAUGGCCUGCAUCACCGACCGGAGCAAGCCGAUGAGCAAGGCCUGGUGGACGAAGGAUUCCAUGAGGACUGGCGUAAUGAGGCUAAAGAUGCCUGGAUGUUCAGCGGUUGUGCCGACGACCAGACCUCUGCAGAUACAAGCAUAAGAGGACAGGCGACGGGCGCCAUGUCUUGGGCCUUUAUGAGCGUGAUGAGGCAAAAUCCCCAUCAGAGCUACAUCGAGGUUCUUCAAAACACCAGGUAUCUUAUUCAACAGAAUUAUUCGCAGAUUCCUCAGCUUUCAGUUGGAGGUGAAUACAAUCUUAGCCAACCAGUUUCGGCGGAGAACAGAGAGGACCCGUGA